AUUUUAAGAAAUUUGGUACGAUUCGUCAUUUUUCUUGGGACAAUUUUUAUUAAUGUAUAAAAAAUAACCCAAUUUAACUUAUGGACAUGUCCGGGAACCAAUGGAAAUUUUUCUAACGGAAACAUUAUAUUCAUAGGUGCGUUGCUAUUAUUUGAAUUGGUAAAUAAGACAAAAUCUCUAAUUAAAUGUUGUUUUGAUUUAAAACAAUACCUGGACAUCAAAUUUUCUACCUCCAUGAUUUGGACCCAUACACAAAUAGUUCCAAUUUAAUUGCUUCUCUUCUUGCCAUGUGUCGUAUUCUGUGGUCAUCCGAGUUUGAGAUUUGGCGAUGCGGUCCACUUUAUUGAAAUGAGGGUUCAAAUCCUAAUAAUUCAAUCAUUUUUACAGGUUCUAUGAUCAAUACUUUUUGGAUCUUCCAAUAUUUUAAUUGAUUUGUAUUUAUUUUUUUUAGAACCUGACUUCCCAUAUCUUGAAGUGCUGGCACCUUUCCAACCCUUGUCCAUGAAGGCAUUCUAUUGUCCCAUCGAUACGUCACUGAACUAUCAACAAGCAAACAAGCUGAUUAAGGAACUAAAACCUAGGGUCUUGGUUAUUCCUGAAUACUAUACAAAACCGCAUCCAAUUGCUCCACAACUUUAUAUUGAACAAGCGGACAAGAAAAUCAUCACUUUCAAAUGUGGCGAAAUCAUUCGAUUGCCACUCAAACGAAAAAUGGAUCGAGUCUAUCUUACAUCUGAAUUAGCAUCAAAAAUUGUUCCUCGUGAAAUAACUCCCGGUGUGACAAUAUCCACAUUAUUCUUGAAGUCAAAGAUAAAGUACAUAAUAUUGCUCCAUGUGAUGAUGAAUCGGAUAGUUAAGCAAAUACAAGUGCUGGCACAACUCUACAUCCACCUAAACGUGAAGAAGUUCUAAUGAAAGUUAAAUAUGAAUAUGGAGGAGUCGAUAUAGAUUCCAUAUUGGCGCAAGAUGGAAUAACAGAUAUUAAAACAGAACGAAUUGGAGGUGUAUUAACGAUAAGCAUACCAAGUGAAGAUACGAUAAUUAAAAUUGAUGAAAACUCAACGCAUAUUGUGUGUGGGGGUAAGCAGUCGUUGAGACUGAAAUUUAGAGAUUCCCUAAUGAAAUGUGUGCAGCAGCAAUCUGUACAUUCUCAAAAACCACCCGGCCUAGUGCACCACAUGCAAACCCAAUUCUGUUCCGAAGUCGGACUCAGCUCCGCCUCAGGCGGAGCGGAUUCGGACCGAGGUCGGACCUGUUUGCUUGAAGGGUUACCCUUCAAGCAAGAAAACUGAGUUCAACAAAGAAACUCCGACCUCAGACCGCGAAAAUCGAGCUUGCACUCACACACUUGCAACUUUUUGUGUAUGAACACAAAGUCGAACGAGAAUCGUGGUGAAAAAUGAGAAAAGGAAAAGAAAGACAAGGCCAACAAGAGCCAAAGCGUCAUUUUGUUAUUUUUUGUUGAAGUGUUUGGUCGCGUCGUGUCUCGUGUCGUUGUUUGUAUAAUGUUAGUUUAUUAAUUAUAAACAAUUUUAUUAAAUUAUAAACAAUAUGGAAAACAAAAAAGGUAUGUUUUAUAUAUCGCUCAAAGUGUUUGGGUUAAAAUGUUGUUUCUUCUUGUGUUGUAGAUGUAAUCUCUAAUGAUGAAGAAAAAUCUAGAAGGUGAAACAUGCGAUUGGGUAUCUAAAAAAACACCAACAACAGCAGCAGCAUCAAAUGAAAUAAAAUGAAAAAAAAUGUAUUGUAUUUUAUAUUGUAUUUAUUGUGAAAAUUUCGUUUGCCAAAAUAAAAUAAAAAAUAAAACAGUUUCAGUGAAAAAAAAAAAUAAAUCUUGUUCUUUUUUGGUCGCAAAUGCGAAAUGUCAUCCCUUUCUUAUUCCUCUUUCUGGUAGGUUUUCGCUGCUCCGGCUCAGGUCCGCCUUCGGCUCCGUUUUCUCGGAAUGGAGAUUUUCACCACACCAAUACAUAUGCAAUCGACUUCGCGGUGAUUAUAAUUUCCAUACUAAUUUGAGCCGCCUUCGGACCAGUUUCUGAUCCGAAGUCGGACUCAGCUCCGCCUCAGGCGGAGCGGAUUCGGACCGAAGUCGGACCUGUUUGCUUGAAGGGUAGGAUGAUUCGCACACGGCCUUAAAGCGGUUGAGCGAACGACUUAUUUCAUUGAUGGGAUGAGGAUGGCUGGUGUGCGUGUGGUGAUGGCUUUGUUUUGUCUUGUGUAUACAAAACAUAAUGUAUCUGUUUUUUUUUUUUUUUUUUGAUGGAUGGGUUGUGUUGUGGGCUGCGUUGUGGUCGCCUCGUCGCUCGGCGGCGGCACGAUCGGUUGUUGUGGUUUCUUUUUUUUAUUUUAAAGUUACUUUGCCCUCGACUUUAGGUAUACUGUAGGUAUACUCUAGACCUAUGAAUAAAUGCAAUCUGAACAUGCCUAAUAGACCAGUGCCAAUAAUUUUUUUAAAUAAAUUAUUAGCAGCAUAUGGGUGGUUUGAAAAUUUAGGAUAAAUGGUAUAUGAAAGGGAAAAAA